UUUCUCAGCGGAAGUGUCAUCACUCGGUGGUGGCGGCGGUCGAUUGUGAAGUGGGGACUUGUGCUGAGACCUGCCGUUGGUUCUUCGUAGAGAUGCCGCGGGGAGGAAAACGGGGUCACAAGGGGAGGGCAAAGCAGUUUACAAACCCAGAUGAGAUUGAUGCUCAGAUGAAAGCAGAGAAAGAAAAGGCCAAAGACCUGCCUGAAAAUGCAAGUGAUUCUGACUCUGACGACAGCAGUGAAGAUGACUCUGAGCCCAAGAAGAAAGGAGUGGAAGGUUUAAUAGAAAUCGAGAACCCCAACAGAAUAGUACAGAAAAACAAGAAAAUAACUGAAGUGGAUCUCAAUCCCCGUAACCGCGAGCUCUCCAGGCGAGAAAGGGAAGAGAUCGAGAAACAGCAAGCUCGGGAACGGUACAUGAAGCUCCACCUCGAAGGGAAGACUGAGCAGGCGCGUGCUGACCUGGCGCGGCUUGCGAUCAUCCGGAAGCAGCGGGAAGACGCCGCCAGGAAGCGUGAGCAUGAGAAAAAAUUGAAAGAGGCAAAGGCCUAGCACCAAAUCUGCCCAACAGAAUCAUCUGGAAACCUGGAAGGGACAUUCAGCCCAUCUGCUCUUGCACAACUCAUCUCCUCCUCACCAUCCAACGCAAACAACAACACAAAAAAAACUACCCAUCACAUCAACACAUUUCGCCUGCAUUCAGCGCACAGCCAGAGGGGAAAAUCUGCCUUUUGAAUUUGUACUCUUCCAAUAAACAAGGUGUUUUUUAAAAAUCCGGCUGUGUGCUUUCAGAAGCACCGUUCGGCAUUCUGUGCAUGAAGACUGAAAAGACUUGUGAAUGUUUAACGUGUGCUGUGGUCUACUGGCACUAGACAGAGGUUCAAGUAAGGAAAGUGAAUCUGGGUGGUAAUCUCCCUGUUACCCAGAUCUUGCUCCAGUUAGGAACAGGCCCUUUACGUACUGAGGUAUAUAGUCCUCACAACUCCUUAAGAUCUGUUUUUAAAAAAGACAUAAGCAGUAUAUCUCAAAUUAUUUUGUUCAGUUUCCACAAGUGUUUGGAAAGGGUGGGGAGUGGAGACGCACCUUGAGGGGAAUGGGAUGCAAGUGAGAUUCACUCUGGAAGGUGUAUGGAAGACAAACGAGCUUGAGGAGAUGGAGUGGUUAAGGAUAUAAUUGAUACUGCAGAAGCCGGGGAAUGUUUCAGAUUGCCACUUUAUUGUGAAUUGUAAGCAUUGCCUAUGUUCCAGGUGGCUCUACAUACUCUUAUGUCACCUCCUGAUGUCAUCUUUUUCAGAACCCAGGUGUGAAAUUUAUUUCCCUUUAUUUCUUGCUCUCAUUGUAUCAAAUAUUUGCUAUAAUAGGUUUUUUUUUGAGAGCUUUGGUUAACGGUGCUGCAAGCUGAUAAUAAAACAACCCAGCCUCAAAAAAAUUUAGUAAUUUUUUCUUGCAUAAAUUUUAAGCUUGUUGUAAUAGAGAUGUUUGGCUCUUCCCUUGGGCAUUUAACUCCCAGAGUCAUAUCUGCCUUAUUUUUUGUACAUUUAUGUUUGAUUGCAUCUUUAUAAUUUUUGGAGUGUGAGAAAUUAGUAGAAAUGUUUAAUUCUGAUGGAAAACCAAAGUAGAAACUUUUGCAAAUUCCUGAAGUCUGUUCUACCAUUGGCUGACCUGGUCUGUAUUGGGUUUAUGGAGGGGAGAUGGGUGGGGGUUUAGGGAAUGCUGUGAUUCUUAGGAGGUAUCGAAUUAGUAUUGAGUUUUCUUCUGUUUGGAGGGGGCAAAAUAAAUUGCCAGAAGUUUUACUCCUGAUCUCCAAUAUCUGGGGAUUUUAGAAGAAAAUGCAGCAGUCCAGUGGUUGGUUGUGUGCACCUUUUCCUUUCAACCACUGUCCUAUUCCCCCUUUCAGAUCCACGGUCUUGUGCUGGGUUGGCUGUGGUAAGAAGAGGGACAGUUCUAACUGGCACCCAUUUUAUUUCAGACCAUGCUCAGAGAGUGUAGGUUUGUUAACACAAAUAUUGAUGCAAAAAGUUUGGAAUUGUAAUGGGUACACCUAGUGUAUGCAUUGAAAGUUUAGCUUUUUCCUCAAACGGACUUUGGCUCAACCUUUGCAUUUCCAGCAACUUCUAUUUCUUGGUAACUUUGCCAGCUCAUCAUUAAGAUUCCCUGUAGCUUUACUUCGCAUUUAAACCUGAAGUUAAGGUAAGCAAAGUGGAACCUGAUUUAUUCCACUAAUAUUUAACAGCAAAUAUUACCUCCUUUUCCAGAUUAAUGUUUGGUAUGUCAAUGUCCGUAUGUUAAGAUCUUGUUUCACCCCUGUCUCUGUCCUAAGCAAAUCCCAUGUCCCUGUAAACAAAAAUACAGUCUGUUUGAGAUUUGGUAGAUUGCAGCUAACCUGCAAUGGAUCCCAACAUGUUCCAUUUUCCCUGUUUGUGAGAACUGGAGAUAGUGAUCCAGUGGCUGAGAUCAACAUACCUAAGAACAUUGAACCUAAACCCAGAGGUGGGAGAGGUAGGAAUGUUUGCUUUGUCUCCCCUUUGGAAUUCGUGCAGUCCUACCCCACAUCCAGCUUCACUGAGCAUCCACUGUGCUCAAGGAGUUGGGAAAAUUAUUACUCCAUUUACCAUACCGCAGACAGGAAAACUGGUGAAAUAUACCUGGCCUCUGCAAUCCCAUGUUAAUAAUCUGUUGUUUGUGUGGAAUGACUGGUAUUGAUCUUUGUAUCCUGUUGCUCUGCUCUAGUUGUGCCCAUUAAUGUGAUUGGAGCACAAUCUUUGUUCAAGUCUCAUUUCAGACUGAAGCGCUAACUUGCAAAUGCUUCUCACACCUAAAGCGUAUAAAACUUCAUUUAUAUUCCACACUAUCGUACAAUCAUAAGGGAAGCACUGGGCUGGAUCUACUGGAUUAGGGUUUGAAGUUUCCACUGGUUUCAAUCGUUAAUUUAAAAUCUGCCAAUUCUUUUCACUUUCUUUCAAGCAGCUAACUGUGCUUUAGACCCUUCAAUGCCUGCACUUUUUGAGGCAGUGCUUUGAAAAUGUUCUGUUUUAAAGCAUGGAAAUUAGAUUAGUUACCUUGAAAUCUUGUGUUAGGAUUGUGAAAGAGAUGACAGACUUCUAUUGGGGUUGAAUUCAAGCAAAAAUACUAAUUGUUUUCACUUGUAGUGAAAUGGCUAAUAUACAAACUCACUUGGUCACCCUAUUCCUCUCUUCUGGGCAUCUACACAAACCCCCUUCAGUAUUUUGGGGCUCUCACCAAAGUAGAUGAUCUUCAGCGUAAUGUUAAUGAGCUAUUGAGAUUUCAAGUCAGCACCAUAGGAUUAGCAAGCAUCCUGCCCAAAACCCUUCAGCAAUCUUUCAACAAGAUAUAAUCACAGGGUUUAAAGAAUGUUUUUUUAAUUUAAAUUGCAAUAAAAUCUCUAGAAGGAAUUGCCAUUUGUCUUGUUUUCUUUAAAUAGAAUCAUCCUAAUCCAUUCAUGAACUUACUUCUACAACGAUGGUCAUAAUAAUGGCCAAAACUUGUGUUAAUCCCUGCAUAGCUUUGCCCCUUGAAAUCUCCACAGAUUUCUCAAACCCUCUGUAAAUUUAUUAUCUAAGUACAUGUAUGUCAUAAUAUACAACCCUGAGAUUUAUUUCUUGCAAGCAUUCUCAAUAAAUCCAUGGAAUAAUAAUCAUAACAGAAUCAAUGAAAGACUGCACCAACUUGGGCAUUCAACCAAUGUACAAAAGACUCCAAACUGCAAAUACAAAAAUGAGAAACAAUAAAUAUCAAGAACCUGAGGUGAAGUGCCCUUGAAAAUGAGUCCCUAGAUUGUGGAAUCAGUUCAGCAAUGAGGCGAGUGAAGUUGUCCCAUUUGGUUCAAGAGCCUAAUGGUUGAGGGAUGAUAACUGUACUUGAGCCUGGUGGUGCAAGUCCUGAGGCUAGUGUACCACCUCCCUGAUGGUAGUUGCAAAAAGGGAACAUAUCCUGGGGGGUGGGGGGGGGGGGUUCUCUGAUAGAUGCUGCUUUUCUGCAACAGCAUUUCAUAUAGGUGUAUUCAAUGGUGAAUCCCCUUCAGUGUUGCAUUUGAUGGUUAAGUAUGAGUGAGCACAAGAGCCUGGGCUGACUCUCCAGAGCCAUACUGAGAGAAUGGCAGAUCAGCAGAACACUCAGGGGGUGCCUUAAGUAAUGGCACAGUCAGUUAGCUCUUGAGUGGGAGACAAAGGCUCCUUAUUGAGCAGGUUUAAAUUCUGGGGAGAAAAUGUGAUGCAGAUGUUAAUCUACCUUGCCAGCACAUUAGAGAUGUGUGAUUCUGCUGCUGUUUCAGCAGCACAAAAUAGUAGAGGAACUCAGCAGGUUGUCAGGAUCUAAUGAGGAGAAGUGAAGUUAUUUUGGGCCAAGACCCUUCAGGCCCAAAAUGUCAACUGUCUACUUUCCUCCAUAGAUGUUGGCUAACCUGUUGAGUUUCUUGGGAUUUCUUAUGGAUGUGUGUGUGUGUUACAUGUUUCUUGGUGAGGUCUUGGAUUUCCUCUGUGUACUCCAUUUUGAAGAGGUUGUGAAAGAUGUGCAAGGUACUUCAAAAUUUCCUUCCUAAAAUUCAUUUUAAACCCCACCUCGGACUAGAUCACAUCCCCCCUCCACACUCCAUCCACCCAUUGUGUGUCCUACUUCCAAGGUUUGUCUGGUGUUAAAGGUGGUCUCUAAAGGGAAGUUUUUGUUGUGUACGUGCCUUGUAUUACAUGUGGGACUGAGCUUGUCAAACUCAUCACAUGCCUGCUACAAACUUGCUUUAAGAGAACAUGAUGAGAAGAUACAAGCCUAAGAAGGGGAUGCCACUAGAUGGAGCACACUCCAGAAGCUGGCUGUAUCUUAUAGUUGUAUAUCAAACUAUUGUUGAAGCAUAAAUAGGCUAACCAGGGUCCUUUGGUUAUUUCCCAUUGAUAUCGCUAUAUCAACGCUUGAGAAGCUGAGCAUCAUAUCACUUUCUAAGUUCAGAUACCUGCUAUUAAAUUGUCCAGCGUUUUGUGUGCCCCAGUUUCUUAUUCUGACUUCCUACCCCCAUUCCCCUUCCUUUCCAGUCCUGAUGGAAGGGUCUUGGCCUGAAACUUCAACCAUCUAUUCCUCUCGAUCACGGGUUCCCAACCUGGGUCCAUGGACCCCUAGAUUAAUGGUAGGGGUCCAUAAUAUUUUUUUAAAAAAGCUCAGAGACCCUGCUCACUGACCUGAGUUCCUCCAGCGUUUUGUAUGUAUGACUUGCAUUAAAUCAACUUGCUAUCUCUGCAUUUACUGUAACUAUGUUGCUCAUCUGUGAACUGGUAGGAUAUUUGAAGAUUUACUAAUAAUUGAUCUGAAGCAAAUUCUUACCACUGAAUGGCAGAAUUACUGAAAAUAUUUGGGCAAAGGUUGAGACAAAGUCAUCUGAUCAAUACUGAAAAUGUUGUGGAGCCCCUUGUGUCCUCUUUCUUACUACUGCAGUAAUGACAAUGUUUCACUCAUCCAUCCUCACUUGUGUGGAAAACUUUUUGCAUAAGUAGAAACAUCGUACAUUUACAGAAUCCUCAUAGACUAAUUGUCUCCAAACCAGCAAUAAUAAACAGUUCUUAACAUGCAUUUA